GAGAAAUUUGGAAAGAGAUAAAGACGGGCAACCGAAGGAUAGAGGUUGAUAAGGCUGCACCAGAAAACCGGUUACAAUAGGGAGCAAGUGGAGCUGUACCCUCUCUGUGAGUCUGCUGCAGCUUCUCUCUGUCACUGAUAAUCCAGCACAGAUGACGUCAUCAGAGCACCUGACCUGUGGCUGGCUGCAGCAGCUCCUCCUCGUACUCGUGAAGCUUUGCUUCACAUUUGCUGGACCUUUGCGACCGCUCAUUGGGACAGAAUGCACAGCCAAGAGUCCUGCUUCCUACAUCCUGGUCUUUACUGGUCACUGGAGCCCUCAGGCUUUCCCAAAGCAGUAUCCACUGUUCCGACCCCCUGCACAGUGGUCCAAACUCAUAGCGGUCAGCCAUAAUCGUCAUUUUCGGCUAUGGGAGGAGGGCGCUCCAGCCAGCGCAGGGGUUCAGAGCUUCGCUGAACUCGGAGUGACGGUGGAGCUGAUGAAGACAGCCAAGGAGGCCAGGAAGAAGCGCGUGGUCGGCGCCAUGUACCGAACGGCUGGCAUCCCCAACGGCAUCGGGCACAGCUCCACAGAGAUGCUUAUUCAUCCCCGGAGUUCACUGCUGUCCCUGAUGGUGAAGGUGAUCCCCAGCCCUGACUGGUUUGUUGGUGUGGACAGCCUAAAUCUUUGUGAGGGCAACCAGUGGAAACAGGAAGUGACGGUUGACCUCCACCCUUAUGAUGCCGGCACAGACAGUGGAUUCACUUUCUCCUCUCCCAACUUCCCCACCAGCCCUCCAGAAAACAUCACAAAGAUCACCUCUCAGUUUCCAAACCACCCGGCCAACUCCUUCUACUAUCCACGCUUGAAGGAUCUUCCACCGAUUGCCAGCAUAAGGAUCAUGCGACAGAGCAGAUCACGUGACCAUCAAACCGCAAUGUCCAACCACAUUCUGCCCAACUCUAUCAGUCCCCGCCGCUUCUCAGCAACGCCAUUGGACUGUGAAGUGUCGCUCUGGUCGUCUUGGGGUUUGUGUCUGGGUCCCUGCUCCAGGGGCAGUGUCCGCCACCGCACACGUUACAUCCUCUUACGACCAGCCAAUGCUGGAACCCCCUGCCCUGAGCUGGAGGAACAGGCUGAAUGCGUACCGCACAGCUGCAUGCAACUCCAGUAGCUGCAGAGUGCAUGAGCACGCAUGCUGCCGGUAUGCAACACACUGGGACUUUUGUGUUUUUACUGCCGGACUUUAAAAGGUUUCUGCAUCUUGAUCGUCGCGUUUAUGAAGCGAGGGGUUCAAUUGUCUUUGUUACAACUCAGUUUUGUAAGUUUAAGAUGUGGCGCGAUAACAGCGAAGGCCGUCAGAUUUAGGGCGAACGCUACUCUGGAACUGAAGUUUAUGAGUCUGAUUGUAACUGCAUGCUGAACGGGUAUUAAAGCUUGAGACAGCGGUUUAAGUGUUUUGAGUGCAAAGUGAUAUUUUUGGUUUUUUGGAACUGUUGUAGAUGCAGAAGAGAAAAACUGAUUAUGGUUUGUUCAUUGUCAGCAAUGUAUGCAUUCAAACUGUAUGUCGAUAGCUGCACACUGGCACAGAGUGCUCACAAAUGUCCUUGCACAUACUGCAUACCUCUACAGGCAUGCUGGCAUUACUUCUCUUAGAUAACCUAUACAUGCUUGCCGGAUUUCAAAAUAACUUCACACCCCAUUUUAUAAAUAUGACCUUUCAUAAGAGACACCCAGUGGCUGACUUGAAGCGUAAUGCCAGUCUGAAGAAGCUGGCUUGCAAUAAGACAUGAUGCAGGUUUUUAUUGGAAGAAAGAUUAAAAUAUUUGUAUUAUUUUCUCUUUUGAUAUUUCAUUGUUGAGACUUUUGUACAUACUUUAAUGUAUCGUAUCUUGUAUAACUCAUGAAUAAACAUGGAGGUGUGUUUUUCAAA